GCCCAGAUAUAUUUGCAGCCUGAUUAAGAAGAAAGCCAAAGGGGUGCGUUAGAUUGUGUCCAGAUAUAAUUAAAGAAACAAAAGAAAAAGGCAUAAAAUAUCCGGCUGGUGAUUGACUGCAGACAUUGAGGAGGUGAAGGCGCAGGCAGAUACCCAACCGAGCACAGCCUAUCUGCCCCGUUGCCGGAGACGGAGAAUUCCACGGCACCCUGACUCCGAGGAGGUCCAGGAGGCAUCGCUGGCUGUAGGACUAUACUGCACUCUAAUCUCGACCACACAGAUACACACACACAGACGUAACCCUGUCUAAAGGAACAGGUUUGGGGAUUUAAACCCUGUUUGAAGAGGAAGAGUUCCAGUACCUGCAAUUUUGAUUUUAUGUUGGGGUUACUCUGCAGGCCGGGUAGCAUCUGUAAUGAAGGACUCAGUUAAUGUUUCUGACCAAUGACUUCUUAUCAACCAGCACUGCCGGGAUGUCCAAGCUCGUGGAAGUGCAGAUGGAGGAGUGCAACCUGACGACGGAGAAGCCGCCGAUCAGGCAGCCGUUAUGGAAGCGGCUGGGCAAGAACCUGAUGAAGAACCUGCUGCUGUCUCUCACAGUGUUCGGUGUGAUAUUUGGAGCCUUUGCUGGAUGUCUGCUACGAUAUGCAGCCCCCAUUCAUCCUGAUAUCGUCAUGAUCAUAGCCUUCCCGGGAGACAUCCUCAUGCGUAUGCUGAAGAUGCUCAUCCUUCCUUUAAUCAUCUCCAGUUUAAUUACAGGUCUGUCUGGUCUUGAUGCUAAGGCCAGUGGGCGCCUUGGGACCAGGGCCAUGGUGUACUAUAUGUCCACCACCAUCAUUGCAGCUGUGCUCGGCGUGAUCCUCGUGUUGGUUAUUCACCCUGGAAACCCUGCGCUGAAGAUGCAAUUAGGAGAAGGGAAGAAGAACGAUGAGGUGUCCAGCCUGGACGCAUUCCUGGAUCUCAUCCGAAACCUCUUUCCUGAAAACCUGGUGCAAGCCUGUUUUCAGCAGAUACAAACAGUUAUCAAGAAAGUGGAGAAUCCUCCAGAGGAUCAGAGCACUGCCAACAUCUCGGCGAUCAUACUGGAAGUGGCGAACGACACCCUGGGAGAGCCGCAAGGACCCAGCUACACCAUCACCAAGAAGUUGCAGUUCAAGGAUGGGAUGAAUGUGCUGGGUGUGAUUGGGUUCUUCAUUGCCUUUGGUAUUGCCAUGGGGAAAAUGGGGGAGAGGGCACAGCUGAUGGUGGAAUUCUUCAACAUCCUCAAUGAGAUCGUCAUGAAGCUGGUGAUCAUGAUCAUGUGGUACUCGCCCCUGGGUAUCGCUUGUCUGAUUUGUGGGAAGAUUGUGGCCAUCGAAGACCUGGAGGUGGUUGCAAAGCAACUGGGCAUGUACAUGGUGACAGUAAUCACUGGGCUUAUCAUCCAUGGAGGCAUAAUCUUGCCACUGAUGUACUUUGCGAUGACCAGGAAAAACCCUUUCUCCUUCCUAGCAGGCAUCUUCCAGGCCUGGAUCACUGCACUUGGGACAGCAUCCAGUGCUGGGACCCUGCCCGUCACUUUCCGCUGCCUGGAGGAGAACCUGGGCAUUGACAAGCGAGUGACCCGCUUUGUUCUUCCAGUUGGUGCCACCAUCAACAUGGAUGGAACUGCCCUCUACGAGGCUGUGGCUGCCAUUUUCAUCGCCCAAAUGAACAAUAUCCAGCUGGAUGCGGGACAGAUAGUGACUGUGAGUUUGACAGCAACCUUGGCCAGCAUUGGAGCCGCCAGCAUUCCCAGUGCAGGACUGGUCACCAUGCUGCUGAUUCUCACCGCUGUUGGACUCCCCACACAAGAUAUCAGCCUGCUCGUCGCCGUGGACUGGCUGCUGGACAGGAUGAGGACCUCAGUGAAUGUUGUCGGUGACUCAUUCGGGGCUGGCAUCGUCUACCACCUGUCGAAGGAAGAGCUGGCAAACAUCGAUGCCCAGCAUGCCUUGCUCGAGGAUGGGAGGUUGCCCAAAACAUUGUUUGUGAAUGAAGGCAUGAAGACCCACCAUGAGAACAACUCUAGCCAGCCCAAUUACUCAGACAACUCUGUCCAGGCAGAAGAGGACAAGGUAACCAUGGCUAACAAUGGCACAGCUGCCAACUACACAAUUGUUGAGGAAGAACCUUGGAACCGGGAGAGCUGAGGAGAGUGGGGAAAACCCGAUCCCAUCACCUACGUGCCCCCAUCACCCCUCUCUUCCCUCCCCUCCAACUCCUGAAGCUUGCUUCUGCUGAAACCGUUUAUCUGAAAGGAAAAAAAAGCAAACAAUAACAUGUUUAAAAAAAACUUCUUUCGUACUUUUAUGUAAAUGUGGUUAGUGCAAGGUCCAAGUAGAGAGCUGGUGAAGGGGACACCUGGGGUUUUUACCAGUUACUGUGUAGUUCUUUACAGGUUUUCACACAGUCAUUCAAGAAAGAGGAAGGAGAGGGAAAGGAGCCCAUUUGGAAGAAGGAAGUUUGCAAAGCUAAGCACAAGAACUGCACCAGCCCAGGCACGAUGUUUGUGCCUCACCCUGCCUGAGAGUAACAUGGGUUGCCUGUGUUGUUAGGGAAGGUAAUUACAUUGUCGAGCAUCCAGGCUUUAUCCCCCUUCUAUUUGCUCUGUUGGAUCUUGCCAACUUGUAUUGCAAUUAAGCACAUGAUUUUCACCUGACUGGUUGGUGGCCAUUCUCAGGGAAGUGAUCUGGUUUAAUGAGUGACACACUGCCAUUAGUAAGAUCCGCAAGUGCGUUAGUCCAGUGAUGUACUCCCCGGCUCCGCUCCCCUCAGAGGAAAUACAGAUCCCUCACCCUCCACUCUGGGAAAUGUGCCUCAAUGCAGUAGGGUCAGCUGACAGGCAAAGCCAAAGACCUGCUCAUGGUACAAGGCUCAGAAAUGCAGGGUGUGGGUCAGUGCCUGACACUCAGCCAGCAAGGUGGAAAAUAAUCUCCACCCUUCCAGCCUUAGAGCAACGGCAAUCCCCUUCGUGUCUCGAAUCCCUACACGUUCAGAAACCACAGGGGAAGUACCAGAAAAUUUGCACUAGCUUCCUUCCUUUUGGGCUCCCCUUGGACCUAUAGACGUAGGAGCAGAAGUCUACUCGGCCAUUUGAUCAUGGCCAGUUUAUCCCCCCUCUCAACCCCAUUCUCUUGCCUUCUCCCCAUAAACUUUGACACCCUUAAUAGGGAGCCAAGAGGGACAGAGUUUAACCUUCCAGCAGCAGGAGCAAGGCCGGAGGAAAGUGAGAAAGACACUCGUGCACCCGUAAGCCCAGCCUUUCCUUUGCUUCCAGUGGUCCAAGUAUCCUGCCCACACUCCGUCAUCUCUUGGGACAAGAAGGAGCUGGCCUCCCCCCUCACGGCUGAAGAUCAUUCGCUAUUCGCUCAAACUUGGUGGCUUCUGCAAGGCCAUCGCCAAAGUUGGUGAUGGGGGUGGGGGGAAGUGGUUGUGGGCAUUGCUUUCGGAGUGACCCCUGAGUAACCUUUGAACGGCAUGAGCCAGACUCCCGUUCAAGUCCCCAGCAGAGCAGAGUUCUCUGGUGACCCUGUUGUUGAGUUGUCCAAACAGUAACCCCUGGGGAACAAAGAUGUGUUGGUGGCAGAUUCCACACCAACCCAAUAUCUUGUGUCUAUCUUAUCCAAACAGAUCCCUAAGUCAAAGUCACGGAUGAGUUUACUGUCAUAGGCACUUGGGCAUGUAUGCGCGGGUGCAAUGAAAAACCUACCCACAGCGUUCUUGAUCGCUGACUGGAAGCUUAGGUGCCUCCUGUUGGAAGCCUGACCCACAACUGGUGAUCCAGUUUGGCUAAGGUCUGAGUUACCUUCACAGGUUGGGGAAGGGAGGUGAAUCCUUUGUUACCUGUAAACCCUUCCCACUUGACUCCUCAUCCCUUGCAAUAACAGCAGGCAACAUGUGGCCCCCGACCCCAAGAAGGGUAAAGGUGCCAUUCUCAACUGUGAAUGUUUUAUUAUUGAUAGAGUCUGUCGGCACUGGGUAGAAUGAUGUGGAGUUAAUGUUCACAGGCCCCAGACACUGCCUUUGACUUUAAGCACCAUGGACAAGCACAAGUCUUCUGUCAAACCUUUUCUCUCUGCCAGUUCCCAUGUCUCACAGUUCACAAGAGUGCCAAAUGAUACCCAAUGUCCGAUUGAAAUACAAAGGAAGGUAUCCAGUUCGGGAAUCUCUUCUGCCGACAUCCUUGGCAAAUGCAGACACAAGGAUCCCAGAAGUUGAUUCUCCCUGAGCAGGGUAACCCUCAUAUGCAGGAGGGUGGAUUGUGAAUUUUUAUUUCAAAGGUCAUUCAUCUUGUGGAACAGGGAAGACUAUAUUACAGUCUGUGCAUUUAGAUUUCGAAGCCCUCUGCUGAGAGAUUUCACAGAUGGAAGAACCUCCCAGAUACUAAUCCCUUAAGCAAAUUAGAAUUUGCUUUAUGGAUGGUUCAUGCUGUUCAGUGUUAACUGGUUUGCUACUUUCUCAGAGUGUCUCCUUGAGCUGUUUCAUUACUGUGGACUAUAAUUAAAUUUUGUACUUGUGUCUAACGUAAACUUUGCAUGAUAUUUAGUACACAUACUACUUUGAAGCAAUCGGGUGACACUGGGUGUUAAUUGUUCUUAGUUUUUAUGCCAUAAUUUUUAUAUGUUCUUGUAACCUUUUAACUUCAGCUUUCCAAAUCCUUAAAAGAAUUCUGUAUGCCUUUUGAUAGUUAAAGUUUUGCAGGUGUAGGAAGUGUGUGUGUGUGUGUGUGUGUGUGUGUGUGUGUGUGUUUGUGUGUGAUUAAAAACAGUCAUUGGAUUGAAAUAUGCAAUACACUGGAUUACACAGCCAUGAGAGAUUGGAAGAUGAGAAGAUUUUUGACUCGUGUCGUGAAUUAUUCCCAUUGCUGAAUAGCACAUUUCUGUCCUCGUGGAUAGUUUGAUGGAAACACUGCUGCAGCCCACUCCACGGUUGGAUAGGAACCAUAUGCCAGCUGGGCUGGACUGGGAGUGGUGUUGGUUGCUUGGAUGACUUGCCAAGUAUAAAUGGGGCAAACUAGCCAAGAAUAAUGUGGAACACUAACAUUUUUGGAGCAGGAGGGGAGAGCAUUGUCAAAUCAAUAACAAAUUGGCAGAUGGGAUAAAAGUCAUGCAGUGAAGAAAUGUGCAGCGGUCAAGUAUAUCUUCCAAUCUGAUGUACUGUCCCUACAAAAGCUUUCACUUCCAGCCAUGUCACACAGCUUCCUAGCCUCCUCCUCCCCCAUCGCUCCCUGUAUCCUGCCCCUCUGCCUCCUGCCCUUCUCUGAUCUCCAGCAAACUUUUAGAGAAUGAAUUAAGCAAAAACAGGUAUCUUAAAUGAAGGCAGGAGAGACAGGAAAUACUCAACAGGUCAGGCAGCAUGCGUGGAGGGAGGAACCAAUCAAAGGUCGUUGACCCGAGACAUUAACUCAGCUUCUCUCUCCGCAGAUGCUGACUGACACGCUGAGUGUCUCCUGACAUACUAUGAUAAUUUAUUCAAUUAAAAACUAAUUUGCAAAGGAUCUCUGCAAGUGAUUUAGAUGAUGCUCUGGUGCUUGUCAACCCAGGGUUCCAGACCACUGCUAGAAAUGCCUCCGAGUUUAACCUGCGGGCUUGGCUUUCCCCUUACUAAUGAACCGGAGGAUUGAAGAGUUUCCACCCGGGGUGUCAGAGCAGCUGCAGAACACUUGCUGGUGCAGUUUCCAUAGCAAUCUUUAGUAUCCUUCAGGUGCUUAUGUACCAUGUUGCUGUGAAGAAGCACCAUGCUGGGCUGAUCUGCAAUCUGUUUCAAAGAAAAUGAUGUAAUAGUCCCAGGCUUUGAUCCAAACUGCUGGCACAGAGCAUUCAUACAGUUCUGAGCAAACUUCUUAGGGGUUGGUGGUUCUGUUUUUAUUAUGGAAGUCUUGCUUCCCUCUCCUUGGGAUGUGGCCUCAUGUUGUGAUGCUCUCAGGAUCUUAGUGGAGUACAACUCAGUGUCCAAGAAGGACUUGCUCCAGUCCACCUGGCUGCAGAUCCCUCUUUUACUUUAAGUAUUGCAUGAAGCACUUAUCUACUCAACAGCCAGUUAUUCCAUUCCAUUGGAGUCCUCUUUCUGGUAGCUUUGGUGAAGUAAAGGGACAUUUCUCAGAAUAUGACAGGUUUAGACUUGCUGGAGGUAGGAACUGCAAUCCUGGACCUGCUUACUGUUCAUUGGUUCAGAUAACCAAUGCGUCCUUUGGGCUGGAAUUUCUACAGAGAGCUCUAUCUCAGAUCCCCAACACAACUGUUUAAGAAAGAAUAGGUUAUUCCACCUGGCGUGCCUACCUCCCAAUUCAGUAAGUUGCCUUUUUUUUCCACUUCAGUCCCACACUCCUACACUAGCCCCACAUCCAGAAGUCUCUCAAUCUCUGUCUUGAGAGCUGAAAGAAGCGAUAUCCUCUGGUUGAUGAAAUCUUUGCUCCCUCUCCCAAAUCGCCAAGCCUUUAUUUUAGAACUGUGACCCCUGGUUCCUUACACCUCAGCCUGAGAAAACAAUAUUCUUCCAUCUAUUCUCUAACACUUGUAAGAAUGUGUAUUUAUUAAACAAAUCAACUCUCAUUCCUCUAACUUCUGUAUUAUCUCUUCUCAUGGGACUAAAACCUCCAUCCUACCUAUCUGGAAAUCAAUCUGGUGAAACUUUGUUGCUCUUCCUUUCUGGCAAGUAUAUCCUUCCUUGUUUAGGGAGGCCAGAACUGUCUACAAUAUUUAACAUUAAGCAGACACAGAGCACUUAUGGGUUCAACAGUACUAAAGCUGAACACAUUUCUGGAGGUUUUGAGUCAGCACCUCCCACCUUCCUAACACAUCUAUUUUGGGAGUGCUCUAACUAACUUCUGGAAAUUCUGCAGUCUGGAUGAAUCUUGUCGCUUGGUCUAAUGUUUUUUCUCUUAUUUCCUGUCACUUUUUCUUAACAAACCCAUUAAAUCUACCAGCAAGAAAAAUAAACCAUUCUGCAUCUGUCAUGGAACACUGGGACUGGCCAUUCCAUGCACAUCUUCAGCUGUCAGCUUCCCCCUUUCCUCCUUCUUUUCACCCCCUCCCUCACUCCCUCUUUUCUCCCCUCCAUCCUCACCCACGGCACUCCGCUCUCCUCAUCCCGUUCCUUCUCCCCUGUUCCUUCCAUCCUUGCCACACUGCUUCUUCUCCUCUCUCUUCAUCUUGACCCAUUCUUCUCCUCCACCCUUGGUCUUCAGUUCUUCUCCCCUCCCCUGCCAUUGUCCCAUCCUUUUGCCAGUUUCUCUUCCUCUUCUCUCCAGUCUCUCCUUUCCACUUCUCCACUCUCCUUUCCUCACCCCAGCAUGUCACAUCCUCUGCAUUUUCUAACCUCUUGACCCAUUUCUCCCAUUCUUCCCCCCCAUCCUUUCCCAUUCUCUCCUUCUCAGUCCCCCCGCAUUGCCCAUUCCCUACAGGUGAACUCCCCUUUGCUGUCAGUACAGUGUCUCAGUGUUGGCAGACCAACAGAUUGAGCUUCUCUCUAUACUCACUAGAUCAUGGGUUGAAGUGAAUGGGACAUGGAGACAUGGUUAGAACUAAUUUCCUCGGUUAAACAUCUCUGUUUUUAGUUGUUUUAAUAUGAAAGAUUUUCAAAUUUUUUGUACUCUGUCGUCAUUUUUGUCUGUGUUGAGAGUCUUGUCGAUAAACCUGCAUUCUUUAUGUAUCAAAGGGCAGAGACACAACUGGAUUAUUUCACACUGUGCUGUAUUUUUGGUGUUAUAUAAGUUUACAGAAAAGUCUAAUAAAUGUUUAUUGGCACUUCGGUUUGAAGAA